AUUAUUAUUAUUAUUAUUAUUAUUAGCAUCCCCUGCCUUCUUCUACGAGCAGGGCUAGGCUUAAAGUUCCCCAUCUCUGGCUGGUUUCCCUGGCUGCUUUCAAAAGGCUGGACUACAACUCCCAUCUGUGUCCAGCGUUCCUGUCUGAUUUCAGACAGCCUGGACUACAACUCACAUCCCCGUCUGUGUUCCCUGUCUCUGAUUUCAGACAGGCUGAACUACAUCUCCCAUCCCCGUCUGUCUUCCCUGUCUGAUUUCAGAUAGGCCGGACUACAACUCCCAUCCCCACCUGUGUUCCUUCUCUGAUUUCAGACAGACUGGACUACAACUCCCAUCCCCAUCUGUCUUCCCUGUCUCAUUUCAGACAGUCUGGACUACAUCUCCCAUCCCUGUCUCUGAUUUCAGACAGGCUGGACUACAAUUCCCAUCCCUAUGUAUCUUUGUCUGGUUUUGGAUAGCCUGAACUGCAAUUCCCAUCCCUAUCCAGCAUCCCUGGCUGUUUUCACACAGGCUGGACUACAUCUCCCAUCCCUGUCGUUUGUGGUUUUGGGAUAUGCUGGACUACAAUCCCCAUCCAGCAUAUCUGGCUGUUUCUGGAUACCCUAUGCUAAACGAAUACCUCCAGUUAGUUGUGCAGGGUUAUAAAUUUCAUAAUCUGUAGUUAACUUAUUAAAUGUGCUGAAUUACGACUCCCAUCAUCCAUUUCCGCCUCCCUGGUGAUCUCUACAUGCUGGACUACAACUCCCACUGGCCCAUCUAUCCAGGUUGGAGAUGGCUGCCAAGGCCCCAUAAUUCCAAUAAAAUUGGAAAUCCAAUAAAAUAAAAAUAUUGAAUUUUGUUGCUUCCAUUCAGCUGUUAGUUCAUUGUAGAAGGAAUUCCCAAGAUUACCAGUAAAAAACUUUUGUGUAUUAGGUUGUUGUAACCACAUAAAAUUGGACAGUGUGUUUGUUUUUGUGUAAACAAUCUAAUUAUAUAAUUUGAGCUGUUGGAAAAGCUGUACUUCAAGUUACUGAGAGUUCUUGGUGAAUAACAAAUCUUGCCGUUACUUGGUUAUAAUACCAGGGCACAAACAUAAUGUAGUGUAACCUUAAAAAAACUUAUUAGUGGAAGUGCUAAGUCACCUUUCAACUUUUUUCUAAAAAAAAAAUAUCUGCAAAUAUAGCUUCUGAGUAGCUUUCAGAAAUCAUGUAUUGGGUUAAUUACCUAUGAUUGUUUAUGACAGAAGCCUGGAUAAAGAUGUCUCCCCAAAAAGACUGCUGUUUUUUUGGGGUGCACAUAUAGAAAGUUUGAUUUGGUAAAAGCAGCUUUCAAAGGAACAACAAUUAUUUAUAAAAUGUGUGGUUUUAACACUGAGACUGCACAAAUCCUUCACUUAUUUGAAUGGUUUUUAGACCAUGAAAGCUACCUACCUUUAAGGUGAUGCUGGCUUGGUUUUUGAUGGAAGAGACCAGCAUGGCUACUCCUCUGAAGUUGGGUGUGAUACGGCUCCUAUAAUAGCUAUUUAAAAAAAAAAAGAUUAAGAGCUUCCCUUGCCUGUUGAGCUAGUCAAGGCGCACAGCACAUCUUUAAAAAAACAAACAAACAAACUACAAAAAUUUGUAAAGUUUCCUUUAGAUUCCAGCAAAGCCAGCUUUGGGAAUCUAGAAAGCUCCAAGGUUUAUCUAAUCUAGAUAAAUCUAAAAAGCUUUGUUUUUCGGGUUUUAUCUGAUCUAGAUAAAUCUAGAGGUCCCUUCCUCACCUCCCCAUGUUCUCUUCCUCCUUGGCAGAGGAUGUGUUGUGUUAUUUACAUUCCCUCCACGUUGAAGGAGUGGAUCCUAUAUAAACGGGGGUUGGAGUACCCUCUUUUCAAACCAAAGUCUUUAAUGACUCCUGUUACGAAUGGAAGGAAGGCUUAUUUGCAUCUCUGAAUGCUUAUCCUACCGAAAACAUACUCUCUAGGGCGAUAAAGUUAAUCUCACGAUCUGUUAUGCACUAUGACUUUGCCCAGGCCAUAUUUUUUUCUGCCUGAGUUUCCAAUAAAUGAUGUAAAGCUACAGUCCAAGGUUAAUGUGAUUCUUGCAUUCUCAUCCUUCCCUACUACAAUUCAUGGAUGAAUCUUGUUUUGCUGCGGUUUCCCCCUCCCCCCCCCCUUCGGAGCAGCAUAGUAGCAAUCUUUGUAAGGUUAAACUGAGGUUUAGUGACUUGACUGUUUUAAAAUCCUCCAGGGAAUUUCAAGUUUGACAAAGUAGAACCUUGGUUUCCGAAUUCCAAAUAUUCUAAUUCACUUAGGGCAAUAAUGCCGCUUUUAGCGUGAUGGAAGUUGUUGCGUGUAUUGGCUACACUUGUACGGCUUCUGGCAAAAAACCUUGGUUUUCAUUGAUUUGUAGAUAGAUGUUCCAGCUGUUUAGUUUAAUAGUAUUUGUAGCUUCAUGGAAACUCGUUUUAUUACCACAAAAUGGUACAGAAUUUAGAUAAUGGUUCCUGUAAUGCUGUUACGCUUGGGGACUCCUGCUAUUUAAAGCUAAAACUGACAGGUGGAUUCUUUGUCUGGUUGUAAUCUGAUUGUUUUGGAAGAUCAAAGCGUUUCUAUUGGCAUUUUAGUGAAAAAAUGGAUAGCCAAAGGGACUGAAAAGGCAUUGUUGUUAGCACAAUCCCCCUAGUGUAAAGCAAAGAGAGUCUGAAGGCUUUGGUUUGAAAAGAGUGUGUGGCAUAUUGUAAGAGCUUGCUCCUUCCAUUUUUUUUUUUUUUUUUUGCUUUACACAAUCUCUGUAAGUUUACAAGGUCCCAAUUCCCAAAUCAAGCCCUACCGGGAACAAUACAAAACUCAUUAAUGAUGAUUUUUGGCGAAACCUUAAAAUGAAUUUUCUUUAAACAUCCAGAACAAAAACGUACUGUUGGUAACACCAUGGCAUAUGUCUCGUAUAAGGUUACGUGGCAAUAUUUUGUGACUUCCCGGAAUCAAACUAAAAUGUAAAUUAAACAUGGAUUUGAUCAUUCAGCUUCAUGGUCAUCAGUCAAAACAAAAGCACAUACCAGCCAAUGCUCUUUCACAGUUUCUGAUAAGGCAAGUUAGCUGAAAACUGUAAAAAUGGUAGGAGCAAGCUAUGGAUAUGCCCAUGAUCUUUUAUUAUUUUACAUUUGUAACUUAAGGAGGUUUGAUAGAUUUAGUCACUAUGGAAAACUGGCUCUAAAUAAUUGAUUGAUAAUCUUUCAGAGAGGUUGUUUUGUUUUGUUUUUACCUUGCUCUCUCUGGAAUUGUUUGUUUUUGAGGAAGCAAUAAUGGCAUUGAGACGAUUACAUCUUAGAAGAAAGUUGCCUUUUUAUUCACAAGUCUGGUUUUUUUAAAAAAAAUAAAAUAAAGUCUCCUACAUUAUAUUAGUUUUCAUCUUUUAACCAAACUUCAUAUUCCACAUUCUUCUUAGAAUGGUGGAAUGGACUCGGUUGCUCCCUUCUGCUCAUAUUUUCCCAGCCACAAAGAAAAUAGUUUUAAGUCUCAGCCUAAUCCUCUUUUAAUUACCGGCCUGGCACAGAUUAUACAAAAAAAUAAUAAUAAUAAAUUAUUAGCCCAAAGAAAAACUUAAGUGGCUUACAAAUACAGACAACUUUAAAAAAAAGUGACCAAAUGAAAUAAACGCCCAACGUAAAAUGAUGGAUAUCUAGUUCAGGGGAUCGGCGAGCGUUUCCUGCAGAGAACCUCCUUAAAUUGCACCAAUGUUGCUGUUCCUAUGUAUGUGUGUCUCUCUAUCACAUAACCCAGGACUUCUUUCCUCAGCCACAUAGCUAGGGGCCGAGCCUAGCCAUGAUUUUACCUCCAAUGGAUCCAGGUUUCUUUGAUGAAGAUUUCUCCUGAGAAUGCAAGACUAGCAGAAAAGAAGCGAGGAAUUGCCCACCGUUUGGUUCUUACGGAUAGGUAUUUAUGUACUUGGGUUUGUGUAAAUGUAAGUAAUUUGCCUUUGCAGGAAAAAAAAAAACCACAAAAAUUUCCCUCUGUUACAUAGCCGUUAUAUAUGUCGGCCAGGGUCAUUAAAUGGUUGAACCACAAACGGUAAGGACGCAUAGCAGCUGGUUCCUCUUUGUAGCCGGUUAGAUAGUCCGCUUUUAAUUGUAAUCAGUAACUCCCAAAGGGGCUUGGUUUUUGCGCUUGUUAAAGGAAGUGGGUCAGGAGUGUUGAGUCAGAUUUAACGGGUCCCUCGUUUAAUUCAGUAGAUGGUUCUUUUCCGUUAUAGGUGGUAAGUAUUGAUAGAUUUGGCAGGAAACCCAGCCCGAAGUCCCUUGCUUGAUCCUCCCCUUCCUGUUGCAGAUAUGAUGGGCGUGGCCACUUGCACGACCUUUCUGAAUACGACGCCGAAUAUUCCACCUGGAACAGAGAUUACCAAUUGUCCGAAGAGGAAGCUCGAAUCGAAGCUCUCUGUGACGAAGAGAGAGGAAGAAUAUAAGAGGCUGAGCGAAGCUCUGGCCGAGGAUGGAUCCUAUAAUGCAGUGGGAUUUACCUACAGUAGUGAUUAUUACGAUCCUUCAGAACCCACUGAGGAGGAAGAACAGCCCUUCAGGGCCAAAGCGGCUGUAACCAAGGCAGAAAGCGUAGAAGAAAACGAAGAGCCAUUUAUCGCCCCUUUGGGACUGACUGUACCUUCCGAUGUAGAACUGCCACCCACUGCCAAAAUGCACGCCAUCAUCGAACGGACGGCGAACUUCGUCUGCAAACAGGGCGUCCAAUUUGAGAUUAUGCUGAAAGCAAAACAGGCUCGCAACUCCCAGUUUGAUUUCCUGCGGUUUGAUCACUAUCUCAAUCCUUACUACAAAUUUAUUCAGAAAGCCAUGAAGGAAGGGCGCUACGCUGCUUCUUCAGAGAAGAAAAAAGAGGAGGAAAAAAAUGCAAUGGAAGAUGGCGAUGAAGAUGAUGAUGACGACGACGAUGACAAUGAAGGCAAUUAUCUGCAUCCCAGCCUUUUCGCUUCUAAGAAACGGAGCAGGCUAGAAGAGCUGAUGAAGCCGCUGAAAGUGGUAGAUCCCGAUCACCCGUUGGCAGCCCUUGUUCGCAAGGCUCAAGCCGAAAACGCCACUGCGUCUCAGGCGGCUGAAGGAACAACCGCUCCGUCGUCCCAAAUGGAAUAUUCUUCCGAUCCAACAAUGGCAGCCAUGUACUACAGCUACUACAUGCUGCCCGAUGGAACGUACUGCCUUGCCCCACCGCCGCCGGGGAUUGACAUGGCUACUUACUACAGCGCCUUGCCAGCGGGUGUGACGGUGUCGAGCACCACCGGCGUAGCCACGAUCACAGCACCUCCGCCGCCCGGCACGACGCCACCGCCACCUUCAACAUCUUCAGAAGCCAGUGAAGACACGGGUGGCGCCUUACCUGGCACAAGCACUUCGGCAAGCUCAAUUCCUCCAGUGGUUGCCGUCAUUCCUCCACCUCCAGAUAUCCAACCUGUAAUUGACAAGCUAGCCGAGUAUGUUGCGAGAAAUGGGAUUAAAUUUGAGACCAGCGUUCGUGCCAAGAAUGAUCCGAGAUUUGAAUUUCUGCAGCCUUGGCAUCAGUACAACGCCUACUACGAAUUUAAGAAACAGUUCUUCCUUCAGAAAGAGGCCAGUGACAGCUCAAAGCAGGUCGCCUCUUUGUCGGAGGACGUUUCUACCGACGCGCCCAGCACGGCACCUGGAGAGACCCAGUUUCCUGCUGAGCAGACUCCUGAAGAUGCCGAUUCAGCUGCUGAAGGAAAUAAUGCAAAGGACGCAGCUGCCAUCAAAAUUAGCAAUGAUGGCAAACUGAUAAAAGUGUCAUUUGCACCCAUCAGCUUUGCAAUCCGGGCCAAAGAAAACGACAUGCUCCCUUUGGAAAAGAACCGGGUGAAGCUGGACGACGAUACUGACGAGGAGGAGGAGGAAGGCAAAGAGGGCCAGGAGAGUGCCAGCAGCACCUCCAACAGCGCUGCCCUCCUUGCCCCCUCCAGCAGUGCUCCGGAAGAAAAAAAGCCCCAGCUGACCCAGGAAGAGCUGGAAGCCAAGCAAGCAAAACAGAAAUUAGAAGACCGAUUGGCAGCUGCAGCAAGAGAAAAACUAGCCCAGGCUUCCAAAGAAUCGAAAGAGAAACAGCUUCAAGCGGAACGAAAGAGAAAAGCCGCCCUCUUUUUGCAGAACCUGAAGAAUCCACUGGCAGACAUGGAAGUUGACAAAAUGGAGGAAAGUGCCUUUAACAUGGAGACGGUCAGUAAUAUCCCCUGCGCUCUGUUGACCGGUAUCCGGACAUUACCAGUCCUAGAAGCCAAGGUGCCCGAAAGGCCUACAAGCAAAUGCAGAGAUCUGCCCAGAGAGGAAGAGAAAGAGAAGAAGAAGAAGAAACACAAGAAACGAUCCCGAUCGCGGUCCCAUACCCCUCCUUCGAAAUAUCACUCCUCUUCUUCCUCCAAAGCCAAAUCGCGAUCCCAUUCGAAAGCAAAGCAUUCGCUUCCCACGGCCUACAGAACCGUCCGGCAUUCCAGGUCUCGCUCAAGAUCGCCGAGAAGACGGGCGCACACCCCUGAAAGGCAUCGAGAAGAGCGGAGCGUCCCGACUGCCUAUCGUGUGAGCAACAGCCCGGGCAUCAGCAGAAGACGCACCCGUUCCAGAAGCCCACACGAAAAGAAGAAGAGGCGGACACACUCCCACCUCAAGUCCAAAGCGAGGUCCCACUCGCCUUCCGUCUCGCCGGGAAAACAACCCGCCCAUAAGAAUUCCAGUCACUCGGCCAGCAUCUCUCCCGUGGAGAGUCGAGGAUCCAGCCAAGAGCGUUCUGGGGGAGUGCCUUUGGAAAAAGAGGGCCAGAUCUCUUCUGCAAUUGUGUCGUCUGUUCAGAGUAAAAUCACUCAGGAUCUUAUGGCCAAGGUGAGGGCGAUGCUUGCAGCUUCUAAAAAUAUUUCAACCAGUGCCUCUUGAGACGGAAAGAUGGAAGCUGUAGAAGGAACAGAAAGUCCUCGUUAACUGCGAGAAAGAGAAUCUUCUUGCAACGCUGCUGAGUUGCAAAACUUCCGUGGCCGAAAAAAAAAACAGCCGUGGGAAAAGGGAGCCUUAUAAAUUAUGUUCUGAUUGGUUUCUCAGUUAGAAUUUUACAACAAAGAGGUGCCUGUAUAUUUGUAAAUACGAAAUUCCGGCGAGUGUUACACAAAUAAAAAUGCAGAGAAAUCCUUUUUAUUAGCUAAA